AUGGCGCCUCGCCUUCGUGAACCAAUCUUCAAGGCCAUCGAGCCUAGCCACCUGGAUGGUAUCUUCGUCUGUGGGGUUAAAGGAAUCCAGCCUCCUGAAUGUGCCAUAUGGUAUCUCGCUCGUGGUUACAGAGUCUUCGACGCUACCAACUUGCUUCCGCUCAUAGCACGUCUGGCUGGAGUUGGUGAAGCCACGAAACUUCGACUCUUCGCUGUAAGAUAUCCGCCCCAGUAUAAGCCACGGACGCAAGAGCCUGCAUAUACCACAUCUCCAUUCAGCCUCGGCGGAGUCAAGGACGCAUACAAGAGCCAAAUCCGCGAGGUUGACUACGCGUCAGAAAGGCUGAGGCAGCAUGGCGAGAGGCGCAUCCCGAGCUCCUUGAAUCGGCAGAGUUGCGAUGCCGCAAUUAUCUUGCCAACCGUGAUACCUUUCGCAAAGCAUACCCUCGCGACAAACAAACCUCGUAGAGGCAAUGACGACAUCCUUCUCAAGCUCAUCGAAAACUCCGAGGACCAACGUCAUUUGCGUGGUGUGAGGAAAGGAGCCAUGUCCGACCCUCCCGAUGUCUCAUAUCGACUGUACCCACGUGCAGAUGCAACGAUGACUGAAGGCGGCGAGAUGCACAAAUAG